AUGGGACUCGAUGCAAGAAUCCCCGGGCAGCCCCACGAACCCGGUUCCUUCUUUUUCUCUCCGUCGGUUCAGAUGAGCGCGCCGGGAACACAACGGGCUUUGACGGGCUGGAAAAACGUGUUUCGCUUGGCCCGGAACCUGAAGCCCCAAAAGCUGGAGGAGGAGGCUCUCAGCGGAGAGGAGAGGGGGGAGGUAGGGCCCCAGUGCAUUUUAGGCCUAGCCGAGAGCGCGGGAGGAAGUUCGGGAGCCUCUCGGGAUCUGGCGCGCUCAGGCUUCCCCGACGGGGCGCACGGACAGCGCCUCACCGGGCAGGCCAGGCCAGUCACGGCGUGUCUUUGUGCCUCUCUUGCAGACGACGCUCCCUGGGAGGCCGAGGAGCAGCGCUACCUCUUCGACGUCUCCCGCCUGCAGGAGCCGGACGAGGUGGUGGGCGCCGAGCUGCGGAUCCUGCGCAAGCCGCCCGAGAACCGGAGCCUGGCGCUGUCCACCGACGGCCUCCUCCACCGCCUGCUGCUCUCGGCCUGCCCCGGCGCCGGCGGCCCCGAGCCCCCGCUCUGGGACUCGCGGGCCGGCGACCUGCUGGACUCGGGCGGCGCGGCGGAGCCGCAGUGGGAGGUCUUCGACGUGCGGGCUGCCUUGAGGGCCGGGGCCGGGGCCGAGCGUCCGCGGGCGCUCUGCUUCCUGCUGCGGGUCGUCUCCGAGCGCUCAGGCCGCCUCUUGGCCCCCGCGCAGCUGGGCUUCGGCCGCCGGGAGCCGCCGCCGCCCGCCGAGAGGGCCCUGCUGGUGGUCUUCUCGCGGGCCGGCCGCAAGGAGAGCCUCUUCAAGGAGAUCCGCGAGAAGGCCAAGGCGCUGGGCGCCCUCCCGGAGGCCCUCCCCGGGCAGAGGCGCCGGCGGCGCAGGACGGCGCUGGCCGGCCGGGCCGGGGCCGGGGCCGGGGCGGGGCCCGGGGGCCGCGGGCAGGGCAAGAAGGGCCGCAGCCGCUGCAGCCGCAAGGCCCUGCACGUCAACUUCAAGGAGCUGGGCUGGGACGACUGGAUCAUCGCGCCCCUGGACUACGAGGCCUACCACUGCGAGGGCGUGUGCGACUUCCCGCUGCGCUCGCACCUCGAGCCCACCAACCACGCCAUCAUCCAGACGCUCAUGAACUCCAUGGACCCCGAGGCCACCCCGCCCAGCUGCUGCGUCCCCUCCAAGCUCAGCCCCAUCAGCAUCCUCUACAUCGACGCCGGCAACAACGUGGUCUACAAGCAGUACGAGGACAUGGUGGUCGAGGCCUGCGGCUGCAGGUAG